GACGCGUUGUACCGAGCUGUCUGUCAACGUCGAGCGCCUUCCCCCUUCUUCAUUCUUGUGAGAGAGAAGAGAACAUUUGGGUUGUAAUUUUUCCCUCUUCAACGACGUCUCGCUUCAGAUAACACCUGCUUUCGUCUCACCAUGAUUUUCAGCUGAUCUUCAAAGUGUCCGGGUGGUUCUGGGGGAUCCAGGUUGGUGUGACAGAACGAGCUUACUGAGGGGUACUGCCUGAGAGCAACAGGGACCCAGGUCCUCAAGUGACUCGGAGGGUGGGACUUCGCAAGCGUUGACAGCAUGGAGCAGGAAAACGUCAAGAUCCUCAACAGAGGAGAAGAGGAUGAGAUGGAGCUGCAGGGCUUCCGCCUGUCCCGCUGGCGCCUGGCCGUGGUGGGCCUGGCCGUGCUGUCCACGGGGGGCUUCCUCCUGCUGCUGCUCUACUGGCUGCCCGAGUGGUGCGUCAGGUCCACCUGCACCCGCACCACGGCGCAGGACGCCCAGGUGGUGCUCCUCCGCAGCACGGACGAGUUCCGCCGCUGGUUCCUGGCCAAGGUGCGCGUGAUCCUGGCUCCCGGGAGGAGCCCUUUCCACAUCCUGGAUACCCAGACCACCUCCCCCUCCUCCAUCCCCUCCCCCGACACCCCCACCCCCGCCACGGGGAAAGGACCCCGCCAUCAGACAUCCCAGGCCGACCCCAAUCAAGAGCUCAUCCACAGAUAUGGCGAAUACCAACCCACGCAGAUCCGAUAUUUCACACACCACAGUGCCAAGUACUACUGGAAUGGAGAGGCGCAGAACUUUGAGGUUUUAACAGGCCUGGAGGAUCUGCAGGUGAGCUGCUCAGCCUUGCACUCUGAGCACAGCGCUGGGCUGUCCAGGAACCUGCAGGAGUACAGGAGACUGUUCUUCGGAGUGAAUGAAAUUGCGGUGAAAGUGCCUUCGGUCUUCAAACUUCUUAUCAAAGAGGUCCUGAAUCCGUUCUACAUCUUCCAGCUCUUCAGUGUGAUCCUGUGGGCUUUCGAAGAGUAUUACUACUACGCUGCCACCAUCGUGUUCAUGUCCUUCAUUUCCAUAGCUACCUCUCUGUACACCAUUAAAAAGCAAUACAUCACACUCCGCGACAUGGUGGCCGCGCACAGUAUUGUCCGCAUGUCCAUUUGCCGCGCCAACAACGAGAUCGAAGAGGUCAUCUCCACCGACGUUGUGCCCGGCGACGUCAUCGUCAUCCCUAGCAACGGCACCAUCAUGCCAUGUGAUGCGGUGCUGGUCACGGGAACAUGCAUCGUCAACGAGAGCAUGCUCACAGGGGAGAGCGUCCCGGUCACCAAGACCAACCUGCCCAACCCGGUGCAGGGCGACCGGGACGCCGAGAAGGACUCUGCCUUCAGCACGGAGGAGCACAAGAGACACACCCUGUUCUGUGGCACGCACGUCAUCCAGACCCGCUUCUACACCGGCGAGCUCGUCAAGGCGGUGGUGGUCCGCACAGGGUUCAGCACGGCCAAGGGCCAGCUGGUGCGCUCCAUCCUCUACCCCAAGCCCACGGACUUCAAGCUGUACCACGACGCCUACCUCUUCCUCCUGUGCCUGGUGGGCGUGGCCGCCAUCGGCUUCAUCUACUCCAUCGUCCUGAGCGUCAUGAAAGAGGUGCCCAUCAAGGAGAUUAUCCUGGAGUCUCUGGACAUCAUCACCAUCACCGUGCCGCCCGCGCUGCCCGCCGCCAUGACGGCGGGCAUCGUGUACGCCCAGCGCCGCCUCAAGCAAAUCGGCAUCUUCUGCAUCAGCCCCCAGAGGAUCAACAUCUGUGGGCAGAUCAACCUGGUCUGCUUCGACAAGACUGGGACCCUGACAGAAGAUGGACUGGAUAUGUGGGGGAUCCAUAGAGUGGAGAAUGGCAGCUUCCAGCUGUCAGAGGAGAGUGCCUACAAGGAGAGCCUGGUCAAGUCCCAGUUUGUGGCCUGCAUGGCUACCUGCCACUCCCUCACCAAGAUCGAGGGCCAGCUGUCUGGCGACCCCCUGGACCUGAAGAUGCUGGAGGCCAUCAGCUGGACCCUGGAGGAGGCCACGGAGGAGGAGACGGCCCUCCACGAGCGCAUCAUGCCCACCGUGGUGCGGCCCCCCAAGGAGCUGCUGCCCUCGGAGCCGGCGGCCUCCCCGGAGAUGGACAUGGUGGACGUGAUUCAUCUUUAAUUAAACAUGAUACACCUCCUUAAUUUCUCCUCUUCCCAGUCGAUGUAUGAGAUCGGUAUCGUGAGGCAGUUCCCCUUCUCGUCGGCGCUGCAGAGGAUGAGCGUUGUGGCACGGCGUCUGGGGGAGAAGCGCAUGGACGCCUACCUGAAGGGGGCGCCAGAGGUGGUGGCCAGCCUUUGCAAGAAGGAGUCCGUUCCGGAGGACUUUCAAGAGGUUCUGGAGGAAUACACCAAGAAGGGUUUCCGGGUCAUCGCCCUGGCCCACCGCCGCCUGGAGUCCAAGCUAACGUGGCACCGAGUGCAGAACGUCAACCGCGACCACGUCGAGGCCAACAUGGAGUUCCUGGGUCUGAUCAUCAUGCAGAACAAGCUGAAGGCAGAAACUCCAGCGGUGCUGCAGGAUCUCCACAGAGCCAACAUCCGCACCGUCAUGGUAACGGGAGACAACAUGCUGACGGCCAUCUCGGUGGCCAGAGACUGUGGCAUGAUCCCUCCCCAGGACAAGAUCAUCAUCGCCGACGCCCUGGCGCCGCGGGACGGACAGACCGCCAAGAUCAACUGGAGAUACGCAGACAAGCCCGGCAAGAUGCCCCGUCUGGAGGAAGUGGUCAUCAGCCUGGAGGACAUAUGUCACAUGGACGAAGCCAAGUCUGCACAGCAGCAGUUCCACUUCGCCAUGAGCGGCAAGUCGUUCGACAUCAUCAUGGAGCACUUCCCCGAUAUGAUGCAGAAGCUGGUGCUCCAUGGCACCGUGUUCGCCAGGAUGGCUCCGGACCAGAAAACGCAGCUCAUUGAGGCGCUGCAGGGCGUCGACUACUAUGUUGGGAUGUGUGGUGAUGGAGCUAAUGACUGUGGGGCGCUGAAGAGGGCCCACAGCGGCAUCUCUCUGUCGGAGCUGGAGGCCUCCGUGGCGUCCCCCUUCACCUCCAGGACCCCCAACAUCUCCUGCGUGCCCAACCUCAUCAGGGAGGGCAGAGCGGCCCUCGUCACCUCCUUCUGUGUCUUCAAGUUCAUGGCCCUCUACAGCAUGAUCCAGUACAUCAGCGUCACCCUCCUCUACUCUAUCCUGAGUAACCUUGGAGAUUUUCAGUUCCUCUUCAUCGAUAUCGCCAUCAUCCUCUUCCUCGUCUUCACCAUGAGCUUGAACCCAGCGUGGAAGGAGCUGGUGCCUCGGCCUCCUCCCUCGGGCCUCAUCUCGGCCCCGCUGCUCUUCUCCGUCCUGACCCAGAUCCUCAUCUGCCUGGCCUUCCAGGUCCUCCCCUUCCUCUGGGUCCAGCAGCAGCCCUGGUAUGAGCAGUGGACGCCGCUGUCAAACGCCUGCAACACAUCAGCAUCAACAUCAACUCACUCUAUGACGAACAUAAGCUCCUUUGAGGUGGACCCGGACUACAUCUCCAACUACGAGAACACCAGCAUCUUCUACGUGUCGUCCUUCCAGUACAUCAUCGUGGCCAUCAUCUUCUCCAAGGGCAAGCCCUUCAGACAGCCCAGCUACAAGAACUGGCCCUUUAUGCUGUCUGCCCUGACCUUGUAUGUGUUCAUGUUGUUUGUGCUGUUCCACCCGAUUGAGGCCAUGGAUGAUUUCUUUAAGAUCGUGUGCGUCCCCUUCUCGUGGCGGAUCAAGCUGUUUCUCAUCGUUCUGGCCAACGCAGCCGUGUCGCUGUUCGUGGAGACGUUCAUCCUGGACGUGGUCUUGUCGAAGCUUGUGUUCAGCCGGGACAAGCAGACUAGCUAUGGCUAUGCCCCCGCCGCCAUGACACAACAGGUGGGCAUCGACCACUGGGGCAUGAAGUGUCUCUCGUGGCUCUGUUGCCAGCGCAACGCGGCCCCCAAGGCCCGCUACAUGCACCUGGCCCAGGAGCUCCGCGUGGACCCCGACUGGCCCCCGCGGCCCACCACCACCACCGAAGCCAAGCCCUGUCCUGAGAAGGACUACCCGAUGAUCUGCAGCUCGUAGCACCCCUCCAGGAGGUCAGGUCCCACGCAACCACGGCCCCCCCCCCCCGGCAGGUCGGAGCCCAGAGCGGGUGCUUCCAAGCCGCCUGAGGGGGACGGAGCCCCGGUGUGGGGGACUGGGUCUUGUUCGUCUGAUGGUUUGUCAGCUGGUGUUGACAAAGGGCAGAACCCCUCUUGCCGUGCGCUCUCUCUGCAUUAUUAGAUUGCCAUGUUGUCCACCAUACAAAGCCAAAGCUUUAAUUAGUUUGGUAUUUGAGAGAGAGAGACACACACACACACACACACACACACACACACACACACACACACACACACACACACACACACACACACACACACACACACACACACACACACACACACACACACACACACACACACACACACACACACACACACACACACACACACACACACACACACUCAGGGCUGGGUAUCGUGGCCAAUUUCCUAAAUCGAUUUGAUUUAGAUUCAUAAGGUUCUGAAUCGAAUAAUCUCGAUUCGAUUCAAUCUGCUCUUAAAUAAUGAAAAUGGCUCAACCGUGUUACAAAAUACAAAUGUACCUAAUUUUUUCUCUUCACCUUAAACAGGUUUGAAGUGCAAACUUGUAAAUUAGACAGUUUAAACUUGAGCUGUAAACAAAAUUGUCUCACGUCUCAAAAGUGCAAUUUUGAAAUAAGAAAGGAAUUGCAAGUGAAAGUGUACUUGAACUACAACAUUCCAUCACUGCAAAUUGCAUUAAGGCAUUGUUUAUUAAGUGCAGAAAUAAUAAAUAAUAAAUAAUAAAUAUAUAUCGAUCUCUAUCGCUAUUGCAAAAUGUUAAUGAAAUCGAUCCAAAAUCGAUUAAAUCUAUCUUUUUUACCCAGACACACACACACACACACACACACACGCACACCCCGUUAAGAGGACCCACAGGCAGGAACCUGUGUUUAUCUUCCGAUUCCAUUUUGUAUUUGGAAUCUCCACCCAUGACAAUUAUUUGAAUGCAGGCACAGUAUACAUAAAUAUGAUAACAGUGAUACCAUUUCAGAUUACCGUUAAGUCAAUGAUGUUAUACAAGCGCACAUAGGAGCCAAUUUUAGUAGUUCUUCUGAGGUCAGCACAAAGAGACUAGGACCUUGGCUGUGCAUGACGCCAGUCGUUGGAAACCUUAGGUAGGGUCCAGAAAUGAUUCAAACACAACUGUAGUAUUGCAUUGCCGAUAUUUUGAUUUCUCCAAAGAAUACUCAGCAUGUAAUGUAACGAAGGCCUCACUUCUCCCCAUGCAUGUCCAAACAACGCUAAGGGCUUGCAUACAGUUCUAUGAUGUAUAGUCAUUUGCUUGUAUAAUAUAUUACAAUAUAUUAUAUAUCCUUAAUGCUGUCCGUAUCGCAUCGCUUCCUAUGGAAGACUGGAUAAUUGUGGGAUCAUCGAGCAAAACUACACAAUCAAGCGUCAAGAUCCAACCAACUGUUUAGGGUCUUUGUCUGUGGGUAAACUGUGCUAAAAAAGAACCCUGCCCUAUAUGAUGCAAUGCCACAGGAAUAGCAGAAAAGAACUGGAGGAAAGUAUUGCUGUUUGUGUUCAUAGCAUAAGCCUAUUGCAAUCCAAAAAAUACAAACAUUUCUUAUCAGUCCAUCUCCCAAUUGUACCGACGCUACUUCACCGUCGUUUCAUUUCAGUCCUGAGCCUUUCUGUGCCAAAAUCGUACAGACGAUUUUCUGAACAUGCUUUACAGAAAUCUGUUGCCCAACUUCAUUGGGCUGCAGUCUAGAUCGCAACCAGUUCGAAAGAUUUGUGUCAGGAUCAGACCAUUAACCUCAAUCGUUAUCUUAUUAAUUGUACUGACCAUGUAUUUCAAACAGGCAAUCAUUGUGUCAGUCUGCUAUUUCAGAUCACAUUAUUUCCGUUCAUACAUCCGUUUUUAAUCGCGUUAGUGUGUUGCUAUAUUAAAAGAUAUAAAUAUAUGUGAUUAUUUAAAUAGGCUCAAAACCUUGAGUUCAAAAUAAAAGCCAUUGCCUAUGAAGUACAAUUGUUGCUAACAUAGAUUGAAUACAUCAAUACCCUAAAAUGAAUCAGAUGGUCUGGGUUUGGGUAUUAGGGUUAAAGUUAAAUAGAUGAAUGUUUUAAAUAAUUUAAACCAAUGCAAUAUUUAUUUUGUGUUUAUUAUCAAGGCUUUAUAGUACAUCUCUAUGUUCCAAAGAUUGUAUCAUGUUAUUAAUCAAUUGAUUCAAGUCUACUUCUGUCAAAUUCUACAACCUUGGAUGAGACUGAACUGUACUGGAUCUAUGUUGUUGAUAAUAAUUCUGGUAUCAGAUUACCUCUGUAAAUGUUUGCUGUAAAGUCAGUGUGUUAUCAAAGUGUAUUUUUUUUUUUCUCAUAUCAAAGGGCUGUUGUCUGCGUGUUCUUUUUAUUUUACCUUUUUUGGUACUUUUUUCAUAAAAUGGGUUGUAGGCUAAUUGGCAGUUUAAUUAUUUGGGUAUAUUUUUGUAUUCUGAGCUUCCUUUGUAGGUGUGCAAUAAGCAUAGGUCCUCCUUGUUAAGGCAUGAAUUCUGGGCAUUUAUUUCAAAAUGGUAAUCAUUCAUCUGGAUACAUUAUCAGGGGACUUGAAUACCUAUUUGGUGUUUUCUUGGGUGAAGGCUCAACUAGACUGUAGAUCAUCUUUAAACAAUGUUUCAUCCUGGAAACUAUUUGCCCAUUAUUUUUAGUUAUUAUAUUUGUUGGAUCAAAUUACCAAUGGUCUCUUGCACAAAAAAGGGAAGUAUAAUUAAUUUGAUUGCUAAUAACUAAAUAUUUUCUUACAACCAAACUAUACUUUAAUCAGCUUUCAUGUGUUUUUCUGUUAUCAUAUUCUAUGCUAACUGAAGAAAGUGUUUCUGCAGAAAUACCAGCCUGGUUUAACGACUCAGCUUCCAAUCAGAAAUGGGCCCCUUGAGAAUGUUCUGUUUCAAAAUUUGUAAUUAUGCUCUUGUCAGUUGUUUUUUAACAGUUUUUUGCCAUUUCAAAGCAAUGUGUAGAAUGAACCCUUUCUCUUGUAUAGGUACCAUGCACAUAGGCUAUUAAGUUCAUCUUCCAAAUCAUGUUCCAGAUUUGACACAACCCAUUUACAUUACCCCAAAUAUGAUAAGGCAGUGUAUGGGGUACAUAGAAACUUUCCUUAGGGGAAUGUGAAUAUCUAAAAUACAUUUAGGAGGUUACUAAGAAAAUAUUGAUACCCAAAUUACCCGUCGGAAAAAUUGUAUUUGAAAUAUCUGGUAUUUGAUGCAUUAACUUUGCAUCUCAAAUAUUGAAUACCCGCACAGGUAUCCUUUUUAUAAGCAGAGGUGUAAAUUAUCGGCACAUUUUUGUACUUUGUAUUUUUACUUUUCUCUUUUAUGCUUUUACUGAUGAUUGCAUUUUUGAUUUUUUUUUUAUAUAUAUAUAUAUAUAUAAAUAAAUGUGCUUUAAAACAAUUUGCAUAUGUU